AUGUCUACUUAUGUUCAACCAACAGUACUCUCCAGAUCAGGUGUAUUUCACCGUUUAGGAUCUCUUUUAACUGAUGUAUCUAGUAUAAACUCGCUCGAAUAUCAAAUUCCCUAUUCGACUGAUCAAACAAUCAACAAUGAUAUCAUUGAUUUUGAAACAUCUUUUGCACAAUUAUCAUACCGACAAGAUCUAUCAACUAUUGAACAUGUACAUAUUCGCUGUCGAUCAGCAUCUUCAUUUGACCCAUCAAUUCAUACGAGCCUAUGUGAAGUCGUACUUGGCAUAUAUCCUGACACGAAUUUAUCAGCAUCAUCGUCUUCUGCUAGUGAACAACCUGUUAUUGUACGUGGAGUGAUCGAACGACGCCAUCGUCGAAUUAAGGUAGGCGAUUGGUUGUUAGCAAUCAAUGGCAAUCGUGUGGAUUGCUUGAAUCUCAACGAUAUUUUAUCGAAAUAUUCUUCCACUCGCAAAGUACGUCUCACUGUUCGUCAUCCUGAAAUUUUCAAUUCGAAAUUUUCCUUAUUGCUACCACCACCGACUAUUUUGUCACCAGUCGAAGAAAAAAAACUGACUCUACCAGAACAAAUUGAAUGCAUACACUCGAUACUCUAUUAUCAAAAGAAGCCAAAUGAAGGCUUUGAAUUAUUAUUUCAACAUCCUUCACAGAAAGAUAUCUUCUUUGCCGUCGGAUGCGUUUUUCCGACACUAUUACAGGUUAUGCAUGAUAUGAAUGAACAGGACAGUCUACUACGCAGUGUAUCUAUCAAAUUAUCCGAACAACUUGUACCCGUCUGUAUUGCAAGUGAUGAUAAUGUGUACUAUCUGAUAAUUAUUUAUCCUCCGAUCGAAAAUCUACAUGUUUGUCUACUUGAGCAACAUACUCGACAAAUGAUCCGUUUGAUAAACUUCUUAUUUGGUUCGAUUUACGAUGGAUUGUUCAUGUAUACAGAAUCGAUUCAAUACUUUUUUGAUAUAUUUUUCUAUCGAUUAAAUCAUCUUCUGUCAUCAUCAGCAAAUUCAUCUCCAGUACUGAAAAAUCUUCGUUUAAUCGAUGAAUUUUUACCUGCACAAUUCAGUAACAAUGGAACAUGUCCAACCUUAAUGUUGAACAACCAACAAUUACUAAUAAACAUUGAUUGUUUACUGAACCAACUAGAAUGUCAACGUUUCAAUGAAUGUCCAAAUGAAGAUGAUGAAAUCAUAAAUCGUUAUCGUCGAUCUUUUUUUCUCAAUGGUUCCAUUUUAUUUCAUCGUACUUAUCUGUUAAUCAGUCAUUUAUCGAAUGAAUUAACAAGUGAUAUCUAUCGUUUUCUUCUUCACUAUGGACAUUUGAAUGUAGCACAGUUACCUUGCGAAAUAGGACAAUUAUUAUUAUUCAAGGAAAUUUAUCCGACGAAUUCUGAAUCAAAAUGUCGAUAUUUUCUAGUAGUUUGUACUUAUGGGGAAUUAACGCUAGCUGUGAUUAUUGAAACAGAAUAUGAAAGACAUGAUUUCAACAUAUCACCUGAUCAUGGAAUGAUUCAACAGAUAAAGUUAACUUUGAGUGAUAUAUAUUCAAUCAUUCCGAAACUAUUAGUAAAUGCAUCACCAUGGCAUCUCUCAUCGCCUUCAGCAUUUUUGAGAAAACAACUCAAACGAACUAUUUCAUUACCAUUAAUAGGAGGCUUUAAUCAAUCUACUAAGCCUACUACAACUGAUUCUACUAUUUACGACACGACAUCCAUUGCAUCUUCUCACCAGCAUGAUCCAUCUGUAACUGAUGCUCGAGUUACACAAUUAGUCAGUCAACCUGAAUCACAAGAUGAAUUAUAUAAAAGUAGUCGGCAAUCAUUUCGAUCUUCCACAUUGUCUCUCGAUGAUGCGCAAACGCAUAAAAAUCUGCAAUUGAAUCUCUCAACCUAUCGAUUACAUCCUGGUGCUUAUUCAACCAUAUUUUACUAUUUAGAUUUUCAGUCCGUCCGAGGUUUACUCAUAGCGCCCUAUUUUACUUUGGAUAAACUCACUCAUACAACAUUGCUUGAUCGAUUAUUGUUCGAAACGAUUCAACAAACAUGCAUCUACAUACGACAAAAACAUUUUUCUCAAUUAACACAAACAAAAGCGAACGGCUUAUUCAGUAGAAAAUCUCGUCCGAAAUAUUCCGAAAUCGGUUGUCAAUUCGCUUUGAACACCGAUCCGGAUGACAAGAAGAAAAAAGAUGCAAAUCUGUUUCAAUUUUGGAUCGUUGGUAGAAAAUGUUUUCAACCAAUUGAACACGAAUUCUUUGUUUGCUAUUAUGAUUCAAUCGCACAAAAUAUUACUGAAUUAGCAUUCACAAUUGGAAUGUCAUCACUAUAA